AUGCACUCAGCUCAUGACUCAGCGCCCAAUCGCUGCAGGGCUUGCGCUGUAGUCGGGAAUUCUCGGAACCUCAACGGAUCCGAUUACGGAGCCCUCAUUGACUCCAAUGACUUCAUCAUAAGACUGAACAAAGCUCCCAUUUUGGGCUAUGAAAAGGACGUAGGGAACAGAACCACCCAUCGUGUCAUGUACCCAGAAAGUGCCACAAACCUGCAAAAGGACACGAGCCUGCUGCUGAUACCAUUCAAGACUUUGGAUCUGGAGUGGAUCACUAGUGCUCUGACCACAGGCACUGUGAAACGCACCCGGAUGCCGGUGAUGGCCAAGAUUAAUGCAGACAAGAAUAAGGUGUUAAUAUACAACCCCACGUUCUUAAAGUAUGUCUAUGAUGUGUGGCUUGAACUCCAUGGGAAAUAUCCCUCCACCGGCUUCUUAACCUUGAUGUUCGCCAUCCACGUAUGUGAUGAGGUGAAUGUUUUUGGAUUUGGGGCAGCCAAGGACGGAACCUGGCAGCAUUACUGGGAGAAAAACAAAUUUACAAAGUGGAAGCCAACUGGACUGCACGCCGGAGACUACGAGUCUGUCAUCAUGAAGCUGCUGGCCUGUAAAAACAAAAUGAAGUUGUUUGAAGGGAUAUGAGGGGAAGCAUUGGCUGUGAAAUGAACACGACCUCCCAAGCAGCCUUAAUAAGCUUUUAUUUUUGGAGGA